GUCAUUCAGUACUGGCCAGUAGCAGAGUCCGGGUAGAACUGUGGAAUGCUGAAUCUCGUGCAGGAAGUCAGCUUAAUGUGAAGAAAAGAGGAACACCGCAGGCUCAGUGCCUGCCAGAAAUUUAAAACCCUGACAUUUAGAGGAAGCCCUUCGGCUACGCUGUCAUUUGAGUGUAAAGGCACUGAACCGACCUUGAAGAAAUAGGGAAGAGAAGAUGGCAAGUCAUGCAACUGGGAAGGUAAGCUAUACCUCUGAGAAUUAGCAGUGCACCUGUCUCUGUGACAGCCAUCAUGGUACCCUCAAAAUGUUGUUGAACUCCCAUCAACCCCAGCCAGCAUAGCCCAUGAGCAGGGAUGUGGGUAGUUGUUGUCUGUGAGUCCAUUUUAUUUGUUAAUAGUUGUCACAAAUAUAUAGUCUGUUAGGUCUUAGCAUAAGUGGUUGCCAGAACAAUGUUAUUUAUUGAAAUUUUGUCUUCAUCAGUUGGACUGCUAAAGCAAACAUUUUAAGAAAAUAUGUAGUAUAUUUCUCAUCAACUGCCAACAACGAAAAUGUUUUCUCCCUACUAUUCAAAAAAGGGAACUUUGGGAAGUCCCACAUUUGUCACCCCUAACUACCAGUUGGCACCUCUAUACUUUUCUACAGGAAUACUUCUCUACAGCAAUUCUGCUCAAAUUGUGUGGAGGGGCUGGGGAAGCUGUAGCCCCCCCCCCAUGUUAUUGGCCUAUAUCUCCUGUUAUCCCAGACUAUUGGCUAUGCUGGCUAAGGGUGAUGAGAGUUGGGCAUACAGCAACACCGAGCAGGUAUAUUAUAGUAGACUCAGCCAAGGGUUGGUGUGCAUCUUCAUUUGCUACUGUUCCCACAUGGCAAAGUAGAUAUUUGAAUGGAAACAUCUCACACCUCCCAAAUAAGGAACAGUGUGAUGUGAAACAACCCAGUGUGGAUAUCACUAUAUAGAGCUGGGGAACACAGCCACAGAUGUCAUUGCUUCAAAUUAAGAUACUAGCUUUCUUGGCUGAAGGCCAUCACAUGGUAAGUAUCAAGUGCUCUGCUUUGUACGUGUUGGCAUGUGACUGUAAGUGUUCUGUUGGAUCUGUUUUGUAUUUUUUUGGCAGGGAGAAGCUAAGGUCCGUAUUUCUAAAGCACUCUCAGAGGGUGAAAAAGCAGCUACAGCUGCCAGAAAGGAAGAAGUGAAGAAAGGCCUUGGCAAGCUUGGGAUUCCAUAUAAUGAGGUAGGAAUUCGUUUUGUGCGGCUGGCUCAAAGGAAGGAGUUCAUUUGGGCUUAUUCUCAGACAAGUUUGUAUAUGGUUGCAGCUUCAGACUUUUUGCAAUCUCUCUCUGGUAUUAAACUGUAAAUACAUUAUCAUGUAAAGCAUCAGAUAUUGGAAACACUAAAUGCCAUUGACUGUUACCUGCUAAAUACAGUCGUACCUCUGCUUACGUAUCCCUCUGGAUACGUAAACUUUAGGAUGUGAACGUGGCAAACCUGGAAGUAUUUUUCUGGGUUCAGAAGCACUAAACCGCGCCGCACACAUGCGCAGAAGCGGUCCUCUGGUUGCGAAUUCCUCGGGAUGUCGCCAGGCCUCCAGAGGUACCACUAUACUGUGAAAAGAUCAGUUGUCUCAGAACCAAAUUCAGGGUGAUUCAUAAUGAAGUAUACAGUUUCAACACAUUAUAUAUAUAAAAAGAAUGUAAUAUAUCUUACGUUACCUGUAACAGAAUUGUAGGGGAAUGUUUAAAGUUUUUUUUAGAAACAGUCACAGAUACAUUUUCUGUUUGGAGGUUUCCCCCAAAUCGCGAUCGAAAAUGCCGUUGCACAACAGUUACCGAUUCCGUUCUGCUCAAUUCAAGAACACGUCUUCUCCACUGCAGACACAGCCAUUUUGCCUGAUUAGUCACAUGACACGUGCACUAUCGCCCACGUCACUUCCCUCAGUAGCAGAAUACAAACUUUACAAGUACAUCUACCUCACGGUUUGCAGUUGCGGUCCGUGUCAUCGCCUGUUACUGUUUUACAGCAUCUGGAAACUGUAUACUUCAUUAUGAAUCACCCUGUAUUUAAUUCAAAGACAUCAAAGUUGAUGUCAAACAAUAUCUAACCUACAGAGGCUACCUACUGAGUAUAUCUACAUUCCUUCCAUUAGGACCAAAUCCCAAAUAUUGCUGUCCUGGGAUCAGGUGGAGCUGUGCGGGCCAUGAUUGCUCUCUAUGGGACACUAACAGAGCUGAAGAAAUACAACCUCUUGGACUGUGUGAUGUACUUGGGCGGGGUGUCAGGUUCCACCUGGUAAGUGCAGAGUGGUAGAGGGGAGAGCAAAUACAGGACUUAAGAAGGUAGAAUUAUUUGCCUUGCUAGCUAGAUCAGAUGAAGUUAGACGCCAUCUUGGCAAGUAAGUGUUACAUUUAUAAAUACAUAAAUAUGCUUUGCCUCCCCUUUCACAGCCCAGUGCCCUGCAGUUAUUUUGAACUACAACUCCCGACAGCUCCAGCUACUCCAAUAAUAAUAAUAAUAAUAAUAAUAAUAAUAAUAAUUACCCCAGCCACUUUGGGCGACUCCAAACAGAAUAAAAAAGUGAUAAAAUAUCACACAUUAAAAACUUCCCUAAACAGGGCUGCCUUCAGAUGUCUUCUAAAAGUCAGAUAGUAUUUCCUUGACAUCUGAUGGGAGGGCAUUCCACAGGGUGGGCACCACUACCGAGAAGGCCCUCUGCCUUUUGGUAGGUUUUGGUAAAUGAUAUGGUUGUUUAAGGUUUAAGAAUUCAUAUAAAUCUCUCUCCCCUCUCUUUUGCGUAAUGCUAGAAUCCAGGAUCAUCCAAUGUGGGGAGAUUCAGGACAGAUAAAAGGAAGUACUGCACAUAGUAUGGAAUUCUCUGCCACAAGGUGCAGUCGCUACCACUACUCUGAGUGGCUUUUAAACAGAUUCAUCGAGAAUAUGCUUAUUAGUAGCUUCUAUUCAUGAUGGCUAAACACUAUUUCCAGUAUCAGAGGUCCAAAGUCUCUGAAUAACAGUUGCCGAGGAUCCAGGGUGGAGUAGGGAGUUGCUAUUGCAACAUGUCCUAUACAUGGGCUUCCUGUAGACAUCUGAAUGGCCAGAGUAAGAACAAGAUGCUGUUCUGCUAUGGCCUGGGGAGGUUUGGCAAUACCAGUGUUGCAGGAAGAAGUCAACCUUACACAGUGACUGGCAGAAGCUAAUGUGCCAACAAGCUGGUUUUACCACAUGACAACAGCGUUCUCAUUACCCGGUCCUACAGAUUCCUUCAAAAUAAAUUCCUAAUGAGGGUCACAUCUGAAAUCCUUCCAUUUUUUCCAACAUAAAUGUUCUAUUUCAUUAAAAGGUGCAUUUCAGCCUUUUUACUUCUAAACCACCUCUAAAUGGCUCGUGCCCAGGUAAUAACACCUUAAAGAAAAGCACAACCAAGAGAGAUAGACAAGUUUAGCAUCCAGCAGGAACCCAGUUUACGGAGAAAUAAGCUAUUGAAAUAGGACAGCUUCCAAAGCAGAAUCAUCAGUUAGGAGAACUACCCAGAAGGCAAUACAUCAUUAGCUCAUAGGAUGCAUACAUGAAAGGAGAGCUCAGGGAGCUAAAACUGUCUUGCUUUACUUUAUCUUCUUCUGUCCAUCAAAAAGUCAUUAACAUACCAUUCUUAUAUCUUCCCAAGUUUUAGGGAAGAUCGAGGAGAUACUAACCUAAACUUCCUGACCAUCUGUGCCCUUGAGCUACACAAACAAUCCUUCAGGGAUAGAUAAGCAAGAGAUACAGUGAUUCAGUAGUUUACACAAUGUAGAAAGACAGAAAGAGAGACUGUUACAAAACGCAGGGAUACAAGAAUUAAACCACACAUUGAUACAUAAUUCUAUACAGUGGUACCUCGAGUUACAAACCCCUCAGGUUACAAACGCUUCAGGUUACAAACUCCACUAACCUGGAAGAGUUACCUUGAGUUGAGAACUUUACCUCAGGAUGAGAACAGAAAUGAUGUGCCAGCGGUGCAAUGGCAGCAAGAGGCCCCAUUAGCGAAAGCACGCCUCUAUUUAAGAACAGUUUCAGGUUAAGAACGGACCCCCAGAACGAAUUCAAUUCAUAACUAGAGGUACCACUGUAUAGAGAAUAAAUGCAAUUACUGUGGGAUAGAUACAUGAAGCAGCUAAAACAGAAUCCUUGUGUCAAAAUUUAUGUAUUAAAUCUUACGCAGUGGCAGCCACUGACAGAAGAUAAUGUGCCAACAAGCUGGUUUUACCAUGUGACAACAGCGUUCUCAUGGCCCAGUCAUAUGAAUACAUUCAGUGCUGGAUUUAUGUAUAAGCUAAAUAAGCUAUAACUUAGGGCCCCACUCUCUUGGGGGGCCCCCAAAAAAUUAAAGGAAAAAAAUUACAAUUACUUUGAUAAAAUACAUAUUUUGGUUUGUGCAAAUUGCUUUAGAUACCUAUUAGGUCCAUAAAUUACCAUAUAGCAUAAAUUCAACACAAAAAACAGUGACAAUUUGUUGUUGGCAAAGGACAGCUGGACAUAUAAAGGGCCCCAUUACCUUCAGUAGCUUAGCGCCUCAUCAAACCUGAAUCUGGCCCUGAAUACACUCCAAAUGACUAGCACAGAAAUCCUUCGCAUGUUUUCCAAUGUAAAUGUUCUGCUUCAUUAAAAGGUGCAUUUCAGCUCUCUACAAACAUGAAGACUGGGCAGAAAAAAUAGAAGCCUUAGAAAAAAGUCAGUGUGAAACCCUUGUCAAAGGCCAGUGGGAAUUUCAGAAGGCAAUGAAAGCUGUGAUUGGGGCUGCGGAAGAUGAAUGUUACUCUUUGACUGAUUUCUGGUCCUAUUUCCUUGUGCACAAACUGCUAAACGAGGUGAGUGGAGAACUGUAACACACACACACACACACACACACACACACACACACAUGUUCUUCUACAAGGGUGGGAAAUCACAUUUCCAUCGCCACAUACCAAAGAUGGGCAGGACCAGGGCUGUCUUAAGCAUAUGCAAAGAUCCGCCCGGCGCCCCCAGGUGCCUAGUCCCAGGCGUGCAGGAGGGCAGAGCCGGUCGGCUGCCUCAGCAUCUUGCUGGCUCUGUCGCCCCCGAACUUGCGGCGCAGAGCCGCCCGCAGCAGAAGAGCCUCUUGUGGCGUUCCAACUGAUGGGUGGGCUCUUCCUCGGACUCAACCCUCGGGCCCCAGCUUCUCGGCCUGGCGCCCCUGAGAGCCUGGUGCCUGGGUGCCCUGCACCCCUAGUGCCUAUGGGCAAGAAGGCCCUGGGCAGGACCAAAGCCAAAACUAGGUGAAGCAACAGAUAUGAGAGGCUCUAUUACAGUUCAGGGUCGCAUCCCAGUAUGGCGAAAGCACUUGGGCGGGGCUCUUGAGGGGUGUGGCCUGUAGAAAGACCAGGUGCCUAGGAAGGACUGAAGGGAUAUGUGUAUAUGUUGUUAUUAGUAGUAUUAGUAUAUUAUUUCACCCAUGUGGGUAGAAGUGCUUUGAGGCUGUGUUAUACAUAGCAUUCCUGGAAGACCAGGGUUGAAGCUCCCUUUAAAGAGGGCCAAGAGUAGUUUGGAAGCCAUUUAGGUAUCAAAUUAAUUUAAUUUAACCAAAUGCCUGCAUUUCAGCUUGAUGAGUCUGAACUACCUGUGCACAGGGGAGCUUGUGAGAAUGGGAAAAAUCCUUACCCGAUCUAUAAUGCUGUGGACAAGCAAACCUAUGAGCAACAACAUGCAGGUAAUUAUAUCUAUUCAGACAUACAUAUUGUGUCUAAGAAAAUCAAAACAGGCAGAUGGCCAUUUGUUGGAGGUGAUAGCAGUCGCGUCCUGCAUUGAGCAGGGGCUUGAACAAGAUGACCUCCAAACUCCCAUUCAGCUCUGUUUCUAUAACUAAGUUUUGCAAAGGAAGAGAAAACUGGUGAAUGGAAUCCAGGCAUGCAAUUAAUUAAUUUUAAUUAACAUCCAGCCCACUUCCAGUGUUUGGGGCAGACAAUAAUAUUUCCCUCACAGUGUUAAAAUCCCCAGAGUUUUCUGGGAAGAGGGGCUGAAUAUUAAACCACUCUGAGAAUUGUAGCUCUGUGAAGAGAAUGGAGGUCUCUUAAAUCUCAGCACCAUUGACAAUCUAUAGUUCCCAUGAUUCUUGGGGGAAGCCAUGACUUUUAAAAGUGGUAUGAUACUGCUUUAAAUGUAUAGUGCAGAUAAGGGCAUAACUCAACACCCAAAUAUUGGCUCUGCAAAUACAGUGGUAUCUCGGGUUAAGUACUUAAUUCGUUCCGGAGGUCUGUUCUUAACCUGAAACUGUUCUUAACCUGAAGCACCACUUUAGCUAAUGGGGCCUCCUGCUGCUGCCGUGCUGCCGGAGCACGAUUUCUGUUCUUAUCCUGAAGCAAAGUUCUUAACCUGAAGCACUAUUUCUGGAUUAGCAGAGUCUGUAACCUGAAGUUUAUGUAACCCAAGGUACCACUGUAGCCAGAUGUAUCAGGACAGAAAACUGUUGUACUUAAUUGCUGAGUGUUAAAAUGGCUAAUGCUGAAACCCUCACUCGCAUUCCCCAGGAGCAAGGAAGGUCCACUGAUUUCAACAGGUUUUACUUCUGAGUAGACAUGGUUGGAAUUAUGCUGUAAGCUGUCAUUCUGUCUCUUCAUGAUGUAAAUGUUAAAGUAGCACAUCUCUUCCUAUUUCACCAUUUAGAUGUGAGAAGUCUUUACUCACCACCCUGAGGGAAGUUACUAAUCUUACUGAAAUUUGUUUCAACUUCUUUCAAAAUCCCAACAGAUGUUUCUCUUGUUGCUGUAAGGGAGAUGUUGGUGGCAGGUUUGCUCAUAUUUCCCCUGGGCAUCCAGCCCUUCUCAUAUCUUUCCCUCCAAUCUUUUGUUUGUUUUCCAGGCACCUGGUUUGAAUUCACCCCACACGAAGCUGGGGUUCCUGGCCUGGGAGCAUAUGUAGAUAUGAAGCACUUUGGGUGCGUAUUUGAAAAUGGGCAACUGACUGAAGAGAAGAAGAAAAGAGAUAUCUGCUAUUUGCAAGGUACCUGACCUCCCUCAGCAUCUUAAGAGCAUGCCAUUCCCUGAAUGCCAAAUUCCAAGGAAAGUAACACAUUCUGUGUUCUCAUGGCCAAUGAAUAGGAAUGUAAAGGAGGCUCCUGAAUGUCUAGAUCAAACAAAUAAGCUAUGUACAUGUACCAGCCACUCCUUCGUCAGAUGUGUGUGAGAACUACAGAUGGAGGAUGAAUCUUGAAAUAUAUUUGGAGUCUAGUGUUGAUUUCAUGCUCUUUAUUUCAGCUCAUGUCAAACAGGGAGUGAGUCUUCCCCAAAAUCUCUGCCUAUAUAUACAUUAUUUAUACAAUGGGUCCCGUGUGAUUGGCUGAUUCAACUCCCCUCCUGGAGCCUGAUUGGGCUGCCUUUGCAGGCCAAUCAGGUUGCUGAUUCACUUCCUCCUGGAGCCGGAUUGGGCGAAUCCUGCAGACCAAUCAGGAUACUGCCUUCUAGGAUCCUACUUGCCUAUUGUUCUAGGAUCCAAGCUCAGUACAUAACAAAUCUGUUCAGUUCUCAUGCUAAUGUGAACCUAACCAAUUUGUACUUCAUGAAACAAAACACACCUCUCCUCUGGAAUUGGCCCCUUUCCAAUUUUUGUGACACAGUUCCCCAACUAAACAGUGCAUACAAAAGUGUAUGCACUAAUGAAAUGUGCAUACAAACAUAUGCAUAGUAGACAAAAUUGUUUUUAAAAAUUGGGUAUGGUAGGAGAAAUGUGCAUGAGAAUGCAUACAAAUAUUCCUGCAAACCCUUUUUUAAACAAACAAACAAACAAACAUUUAUUAGGAGACCAGAAGCCUUCUUACUGGGCAUUAUGAUGAUAAACAUCCCAAAAGAAAGCAAAAGAGUAUUUCUAUUCAACAAUGGCUGCUAGAGUGUUAAUUGCCAAAUAUUGGAAAGGGGAUUUGAUACCAACUAAAGAAGAGUGGCAAAUGAAAUUGUGUGAAUAUGUAGAUCUAGCCAAAAUGACAGAAACAAUAAAAAAAUCACUCAAACGUAAGGUUUAGAAAAAGAAUGGGAUUGUUUUAAAAAUCAGCUGUGUAAACAUGGUUCCCAAAUUAAAACUUGGAUGUGCCUAGAUUAAAUUUCACAAAAUAAAUAGACAGCUGGAUAAGAUAUUUUACAUACAGAGAAGGUUGAAAGAAUACUAGAACACAGUACAAAGGAAAAUGAAAUAAAGAGAGAUGACGAAGCUGUAAAGAGAUAGGGGGAAGUAAAAUAUUGUAUUAUGGAAAUGAACAAGUUUCGAAGAGUAAACAGAUUAUGUACAUGAAUGAAGAAGAAAAGAUGAUAUAUAUUUGUAAAUUUUAAAAUGCAACAGCAGCAGCAGCAGCAACAACAACUGCAAAAAUGGGCAAACCGAGCUUAACAUUGGAAAAAUGGGAAAUUGUCAGAAAACAAAUUUAGCAGAUUUGUCUAUCCCUAGUGAGGAUGGGUUACAGCCGAAAGCCCUGGUGCUAACAAUCCGUACAAAAAUGGGCUCUUUGUCUGUGUGUGAUUACAUUCAUAACCUUCCCUUUCUGUGCUGAUAUUAUGUCAUAAAAAAAAUAAAAUAUUAACUUUGUCGUUACUUUUACUGCCACCAGGUGAAACAUAUGAUUGUUAAUGCCACAGCUUUCUUAUUUUUAGGUUUAUGGGGAAGUGCCCUUGGAAGCGAACAAGAACUCUAUAGGACUAUAAUAGGUAUUGCUCUUUUAUCUUCUUUUUUAAAUAUGGGGUGUGCAUUGUCUCUGUGUGUACUCUGAAUUAUGAAGUGGAUUGGGGUUUGGUUUUUUUGGAAGGUUUCCUGCAUGAAAACCUGUGGGUACAUCUGCAUACAAUUUUACAAGUUUAAUUCACUCUGGAGGUGGGCUGGUGCCUGCAUAUUUUGUUCACUUUGGCCAAAGAAGAAGAAGAAGGGAAUCUGGGGACACUAGCCCUUUGCAGUGAUUCAAAGCUUCACUUAGUAUUAGAAGUGGCGAAUGCAGUAUCUUUAAACCUGUAUCUUGUCUCUAGGACCUAGGCUCUAGGUGAACAAAGGCUGACUAGUGAUUGUGGUUUUGUUGAAAUGAGGCACCAUAUUCUGUCAAAAUGAAAAUCGAAAAUUCGAAGUCUGAACAAUGUAUUGGUUGUCCCCUCCCUUUUUUGCAACCUGAAUGUUGCCAGCUAUUUUGCUACUUGUUGCAUUUGGGAAAGAUGGUUUUUCAUACUGUUCAGAGGCAGUUUGGCUCUGUAUACCAGUUGUUGAGAACCAUGAGCGGGGAGUUUGCUCUUGCAAGCAGAUAUCCCAACCCAACAUUUAGACAUUAGGUUGGUUGGCCAAUCUGAGAAGGCUGGAUCAGGAGACCCUUUGACUCUUCUCAUUGUGUGUGAACAUGCACAUUUCUUUUUCAAGAUUCUUUGCUGAAUUAUCUAAAACAAAAGAGAUCAGGAGACUCUUCCUCAGCUUCAACAAACUUAGGUAAGAUGUUGCAACCAACAUUAAUAUCCUGGUCUCCCUUGUACUUGGAUUUGAUUUCAAUUUCAGUUGUGUGUGUUAAUGUCUAUAACUCAUAGUGUUGCAAUUUUCCUGGUUUUUGUUUGUGCUUUUCUCAUGUGUGUGCUUGCGUAAGACUGUGUUGCUAUCCACCCAUAUGCAGAGAGUGUUACAGGGUGCACAAAUACUAAGGUAAAGGUAAGGACGCGGGUGGCACUGUGGUCUAAACCACUGAGCCUCUUGGGUUUGCCGAUCGGAAGGUCGGCGGUUCUAAUUCUCAUGAUGGGGUGAGCUCCCAUUUUUCUGUCCUAGCUCCAGCUCCCAGUUCAAAAGCAUGCCAGUGCAGGUAGAUAAAUAGGUACUGCAGGAAGGCAAGCAGCGUUUCCAUGUGCUCUGAAUUAUGUCACGGUGUUCUGUUGCGCCAGAAGCAGUCUAGUCAUGACCCGGAAAGCUGUCUCUGGACAAACGGUGGCUCCCUUGGCCUAAAAGCAAGAUGGUGCUUCAACCCCAUAGUCGCCUUUGACUGGCCUUAACUGUCCAGAGGCCCUUUACCUUUACAAGUACUACAUUAGUGAUGUCUAAAAUUCCUGGUAGAGGACAAGGAUCCUGAGAUCAUGUUAAGCGUAGCCAAAUUCUGUGCGUUUGCCAUAAAACUUAGGGAACAAGCUGUGCUAUCACAAUGAUUAAGGCCUUAAAUGAUAAUUUUAGGUUAUAUGUUAGUGACGAAGUUUUAAUUUAUAUAUUUUUUAACUGUUGCUAUAUCUGUAGUGUCCCUGUUAUACCUAAUUGCAAAUUCAAAUGUAUCCCUCUCGUGUUUUAUAUCUUCCUUGAUAUUGUAUGUGGGCUGGAACAAUUCACUACAUUAGUGUCUAUUCCAUCAAGGAUGAAACAAAAGAAUGGCAAAGCCAUUUUUGGGGGAGGAAAAACAGGCAGAAGGGGCAAGAUCAGUUUUGCCCACCUGAAAUAAAUUGUUGAAAUACCCUACCAAAGUAAUGGGAAACCUGUGGCUGUUUUGAUGUUAUUAGGCCUUCAAUUCCCACCAGCCCCAGACAAGGGAUGAUGCGAGUUGUAGCACAAUAAUAUCUGGAGGGUAUCAUGUUGAUACUAGAAUAUGUGCCUAAGGGUUUCAACAGGCUGAGUUCAAUAUUUCUCAGGUUGAAUUAAGUUAUUGCCAUCAUCAGCCUCCAAACUUAGUGAAGUAUCGCUGGGACAAUUGUGAAGCAUUUCCCAUGCCCCUCCACCUAACCAUGGGAUCAGAAAAGGUCUAAUGUUCAAGAAAUAUAUUCCUCACUAAACAUCAGGAAGAACUUUCUGUUUGAUGUUCAAAUGGACUCCCUCAGGAAGUGGUGGACUCUCCUUCAUUGGAGGUAUUAAGCAGAGAUUGAAUGGCCAUCUGCCAUGGAUGCUUUAGCUGUGAUUCCUGCAUGGACUACCAUAUAUAGGUUGAAUGAGAUGGCCCUUGGGGUCCCUUCCAACUCUACAAUUCUAUGAUUCUAUAGAAGUAUUUUGUAUUAUAUGAGUAUUCUUCUGCUUUAUGGUACAAUCCUAUACAUGUCUGCUCAUAAGUAAAUCACACUAAUUUUGAUGGGCUCUACAUACAUACAAGGGAUGCGGGUGGUGCUGUGGGUUAAACCACAGAGCCUAGGACUUGCUGAUCAGAAGGUCGGUGGUUCGAAUCCCCGUGACGGGGUGCGCUCCCGUUGCUCGGUUCCUGCUCCUGCCAACCUAGCAGUUCGAAAGCACGUCAAAGUGCAAGUAGAUAAACAGGUACCGCUCUGGCAGGAAGGUAAACGGCAUUUCCGUGUGCUUCUCUGGUUCACCAGAAGUGGCUUAGUCAUGCUGGCCACAUGACCCAGAAGCUGUACGCCGGCUCCCUCGGCCAAUAAAGCGAGAUGAGCGCCGCAGCCCCAGAGCCGGUCACGACUGGACCUAAUGGUCAGGGGUCCCUUUACCUUUACAUACAUACAUAAUUUUAUUUGUAUGCCACUUUCCCAAAGUAUAAACCAUGCACAAGGUAGCUUACGACAUGAAAAAGGUGUGUGAGUGGCAGCCUUCCCACAAUGCACAACCACCCCAUGUGCAAGCAAUAGUAUGUUUUCAGCUAACAGCACUGAAUCAAACAGUACACAAAUAGAUUUUAGUCUAGAAUGUCCCACUUCCUCCCAACGUCUAGCUAUACUAUUUGUUGUUUGUGGCCUUAGGCCUUACUCAAAGUCUAUUUUGGGGUGCAAUCAAUGAGUGGGGUUCUUCUAGACCAGGCAUCCCCAAACUUGGCCCUCCAGAUGUUUUGGGACUAUAACUCCCAUCAUCUCUAGCUAACAGGACCAGUGGUCAGGGAUGAUGGGAACUCUAGUCCAAAAACAUCUGGAGGGCCGAGUUUGGGGAUGCCUGUUGUAGACACAAAAGUUGAGAGGAGGUGGAGGAAGAGUAACUUUACCAGAAGGUGGCAGCAGAGAGGUUUCAGUGGCUCUGCAGCUUUAAGCUAAUGGGCAUCGCUAAACCAGAUCUAAAUCAGAUGCCAAAAUAAUUUAGUCAGUCUUAGAGACUAUGCACCUAGACUUGGAGGUAGAGUAGAGUUGCAUAUGCUGUUCUGCCUCGAGCAGCAAUAUGUCUUGAGCCAGGCCUGAGUAUCUGUAAUUCUCUUUUGUAUGCUCUUUUAUUGCCAAGAUCAAGAUGACCAGAAACUUAAGACACUCUAUGAGGGUUAUCAGUCCAUUCUAGAGCUUCACCUCUGUGAAACAUCAGAUGGAAGAACAGCAGAUAAGCAUUUUGACCACCUCCGCAACAUUUUGAAAAGUAAGUGAGCGUCAGACAAAAUCCCAAAUAUUGCUGCAAAUUAAGAUGAGUUUGUUUAAUAUAUUAUAUUUGUUAUGCCUAAUAAAGCUUUGGUGAAGUAAAAGUCUUUCAUGUACCCUUAGCUAUUGCUCAUUUUUCUUUUCCUGCUUUAACACUCUGUGUCAUUUUGUCUGCAAAAAUAGACCAUAGUUCCAGCAGAAGCUAUGAAUUGCUUAGAGAGAUCUGCAAGACCUGGUUUUCUGCUAAUGCGGAAACAAGAAAGAAAGACUGUAUGAGACUGUGUCAAGCACUGGACCUGGAUUUUGGAGGCAAGUGUAAUAGCAACCAUACAUUGCCUUUGAGCAGCUGUUCUUCCCCAAAGUCUCCUCAAAGAUAUGAGUUUGGUAAUACAAUGUAAUCUGGAGGAGUGCCUCUCUUUAUUCUUAAUCCUUUUAUGCCCAAGUGUUAGCAUCUCUUCCUUCCCCAUUUUUUCUUCUUUUAAAACUUAUCCGCAAUAACAGUGCAUGUCAUGGGGUUCAAAAAAAUCUGCUACUCUUUGGACCUUGGAAAUCCAUUUUACCACUAAAGAGUUGUAAUGAGUGAAAAGAUUUGAAAUGGAGAGAAUUGAACAUGGUGCCCUCCAUAAGUUUUUAGAUUCCAGUUGUUGUUAGCCUGAGCCAGGAUGGCUAAUGGUCAGGGCAUGAUGGGAGUUGUGGUCCAUAACAUCUGGAGGGCACCAGGUUGACUAUCCCUGCUAUAGAACCAAAUGAUCUGAGGAGCUCUAAUCUCAGACAGACUCUUGGAAUUACAACUUGACUGGUUUAAGAUAGAUUCAUUCCAUGUUCAGAAGAAGAAGAAGAGUUUGGAUUUGAUAUCCCGCUUUAUCACUACCCUAAGGAGUCUCAAAACGGCUCACAAUCUCCUUUCUCUUCCUCCCCCACAACAAACACUCUGUGAGGUGAGUGAGGCUGAGAGACGUCAGAGAAGUGUGACUGGCCCAAGGUCACCCAGCAGCUGCAUGUGGAGGAGCGGGGAAUCGAACCCGGUUCACCAGAUUAGUCAACCAGUCAGUCAUUUUAUUUGGAUAUUGCCUUUCCAAAUUAAAAUUAUUUCCCCCCCAUUCUUGACUCUGAAUAUUAUUCCCUUUUAGGUUUUGCCAGUGAUUCCCUCCGUGUUUUACAUGAUGUGGUGAGAAAGACGUAUUUAUGCCUUUUGAACUGGACAUGGGGAAGCACCAAUAACUUCCUGUACCACUGCUGUAAGCAUAUGUUGCAUUGAUAUUAUUAUUUUUAUAAAUGGAUACCACUGUUCUGAAUGUUAUGCUCUUGGGCUGCAGCAAAAUCUCUCUCUCCCCCCACCCAAAUAUGGCUACCCAGGAAGAGACAGCUUGUGGUAACAUAUAGCUGCUUCCCUUCCUUCCUUCCUUCCUUUCUAUUAUAGGAUCAGUAACUAGGUACUUAACUAUAAUUAUCUGAACCAGCGAAGGCCUUGGCACUUACAUGUAGCACAGUCCACCAGCCACUUAUUCACACCUGCCACUUUUUGCCUGAAUUCCCAGAGUUGUGAGCCCAUAGCUCCAUGAAUGUCAUGGAAUAACCUGGUUAUGAUGCAGAGUGUGAUGUCUGUAUCAUAGAUAAACACAGCUCAUUGCACACAUUGCUCAUGGCCUUCAAGGAAACCACAGGCAAAGGGUUAUGGUUUGAGAAGUUGCCCACUCAUUGCAUCUGUGUUGGAGGUACCUUUACUAUAGAUGAGUGGACUUGAUUUGGGAUGCCGAUGGCAGGUUAGUAGGACUUGUGCACUUGGCUCAGCUCUCAAAUCCUUUACAUGGGCUCAAUCCACUUACACCUUUCAUCAGCCUGUAGACAUUUCUGAUGCAGAAAUAUGACAAACUGAAGACUGGGGUGGGGUCGGGGACUGAAAUUGACAGAUUUGCCCGUAUAUAAGCAGUAGUAGUAUUGGUAUGGCUUUUUAAUAACUAACUUAAUAACUAUGUAGGCAGCAGGUUGAUAUUGAUUCCAAAAGCUUUGUAUCGAUGCUCUGUUUCACUUCAUAUGUCUAGCGGAUGUUGAAUGUCCUGACUUGACAAGCAAACAGGUUGUCUCUCUGAUUGAUGCUGGCCUGGCGAUAAACGCUGCUUACCCAUCCCUUCUUCAGUCUGAGAGGAAAGUGAAGUUGAUCCUCUCCUUUGACUUCAGUGCCGGAGAUCCUUUUCUGGUAAAUUCAUUUAAUUUACAGGGGCAAUCAAACAUGGCUAAAAUUCUGGUCAAAGGAUAAUUCUGUUAGGAUUCAUUAAACAAUAUUACAUAAGCUUUGGUAUCCAUCUUUUAGGUUUAAAUAAAAAAAUUUUAGAUAGGAGAGUGGGAUGUUGGUAGUCAUUUUCAAAUAUCUGAAGGGCUGUUACACAGAAGAUGGAGGAAGCUUGUAUGCUACUGCUCCAGAGGUAGGACUUGAACCAUUGGAUUCAAAUUACACGAAAAAGAUUCCAACAAAACAUUAGGAAUAACUUUAUCAUGGAAAGAGCCAUUCCACAGUAGAAUGGACUGCCUCAGAAGAUGGACUCCCCUUCAUUGGAAGUUUUUUAAAAGAGGUUGGAUGGCUGUCUGUCAGGGGUUCUUUGGCUGCUGUGCCUGUAUUGCAGGAGCUUAGACCUCAUAACCAUUGGGGAUCUCUUCCAUCUCUUCAAUUCUUUGAUUCUAAUAUGUUGUUAUCUAAAACUCCCUUCUGAAGAUUCCUUACCAGUAUCUACCACGGCAUUACUCCUUUUCAUGCCACUCUGUGAUAUCAGAAGUGCCCUCCCAUCAGAUGUCAAGGAGAUAUAGAACUGCACAAUUUUAGAAGACAUCUGAAGGCAGCCCUGUACUGGGAUGUUUUUAAUGUUUGACAUUUCAUUACAUUUUUAUAUGUGAUGGAAGCCGCCCAGAGUGGCUGUGGAAACCCAGCCAGAUGGGUGGGGUAAAAGUGCCCUGGGACUUCCUAAAGCAGCUUAGGAGAGAGCCUAACUGUAUCUCUUCCCAUGUCAUGAUGGUAAUGUCUGAAGGGUCCCUAACAGCUGCCCAGGAAGUAGCCAUGAGUAUUCUUUUCAUCCAGCUGCUAUUUACCCAAGUGGAUAUGGCAAUUAACUAUAGACUUUCUCCUUUGGUUCAGACCAUUAAGAAAGCCAUUAAAUACUGUGAGGAACAUGGAAUCCCAUUUCCCAAGAUCGAUGAGAGAGAGCUGCAGGACACGGAUGAUUUGAAGGAUUGCUAUAUCUUCAGAGGAGAUGCAGAAUGUGUCCCAACUGUCGUGCACUGUCCACUGUUCAACAAAGUCAACUGUUCAGGUAAUGUGUCGAUGAGAUCCAUUUGGUAAGUGUGCAGUUGAUCAGAUAGUGGAGUUAAAAAAUUAUCAAGACAAAAUAAUUGGAUACAUCAUUUUAUUUCUAGUGCUGAAUUCCUUCCUUAUGCUUAAACUGAACCAAUCUCCCUGUAGUUCUUACUUCCUUUUGCUAGCAAGGUUUUUACAGUUCCAGCAUUUGAAUUUCCCAUACCAUCUUCCUUUCUCCAGAUUCAUACAACUCUUUGACCCACCAAGCAGAUUUAAUUUUAUUUGGCUCAGCAAAACUCCAAUUUUCAUUAGUGAUGAUGGGGACCAAAUUCAGAAUUAGAAUACGAUCACUGGAAACAGAAGAAGUCUUUUAUCCUCUCUUUCAGUAGGACAGAUGAGUCAUGCUCAGUGUUAUACUUUUUCCCUACAGUUAAUGGAAUAUGUUUUCAAUUCCUAAUAAUUCAUUAAUACACAGCAACUCUCAUUUUCAGAUAAAAUUCAUGAAUACAGAGAACAGUUUUCUACAUUCAAGAUGAGCUAUUCAAAGGAGGAGAUUGAAAAGUUGCUCACUGCAGCAAAGCAAAAUGUAGCAAAUGUUCACGAAAAGAUCUUGGAGGAGAUCAAGAAUGUUGUAGGUCCUCCUUCAUGAAGGGCUUAAGUAAAGUUUUUUCCUCUUCAACAUUUGCUUGACAACAAAGUUCACAUAACAAGGAUUUUUCCUCUGCUAGAGUUCUAACUUUUGUUAGCAUCAUGGUUAUUAUCGGCUCAAUUUGUAUCCACUAUUCUAAAAGUAUCAGAUCAGUAUAUAUUUCACUGAUCAAUAAAAACAUAGCAUAUAUCAAUGGCCUCAUUUGGACACAAUGCUGAAGUUUGACUUGAAAUUAAAUUAACAAACAUUGGGAUUUAUUGCAGUUAGGAGGGGACCCAAUAUUGAACUAACUUCAGUUUAUUAUUUCUGAAACUACAAACUAUGGUUAGUACCUAUACAGUGGUACCUCUGGUUAUGAACGUAAUCCAUUCCUGAGGUCCAUUUGUAACCAGAAACCACUCGUAACAUGAGAUGCGCUUCCGCUAAUGGUGCCUCCCGCUGCUGCCGCGCCGCUGAAGUGCGAUUUCCGCUCACAUCCCAGGGCAAAAUUCACAACAAGGGGCAUCUACUUCCAAGUUAGUGGAGUGCGUAACCCAAAGAAUUUGUAAGGGGGAUGGUUCGCAAUAUGAGGUACCACUGUAGUUCAGGGGAAGAAGAAAAUCUCAAAUUGCCAUUUAUGAUCCAUCUGUGGUCAGGAAAUGGAAAUCAAUCAAAUAAAAUUGGCACCCAUUGUUGUCUUUAAGUUCUCAAAUGAUGUGUAAUGAAAUACCUUUUAAAAAUUGUUUUGAUGUAUCCUUUCAUUUAAUGUGAUAUAAGUUACAUGAGUUACAUAGUUACAUGAAAUAGUGAUUGUGAGAUGAGCAAAUGAGUAUUUGGUGGUAACUGAACCGCAGCGAGAUGGAAACACAGACUGUGUUGAAUACAGGUCGGAACAAAAAUUAUUGCCUUCUUACAUCUCUAGUUGGCAAUGAAGGACUGGCAGUAGUAGACAGAUACAUUUGGACCAAAGGCUAUACCUGAGUCUCCCUCAGAUAUAUAACAUCACAUGUGCUCUAUUCACACAUUACUCAUGUGUAGGGCUUUGCUGUGUUGAAGGAGUAGCAGGACUAUGCUUUUAGCCUUGCCUUUACAUCAGUACUGCAAGAACCAUGUGCAGUGUGUGGUUGAGCUUUCUCUGUGAUGUGUGAAUACCUGCUCAUGACUCCCACAUGACUGGGAGACCUGCACAACUAGUUGCCCUGAUUGGUGGGAAUAUUCAUGUGCAGAUCCUUGCAAAUGGAAGUUUAAGCUGUUGAUAACCACAAAUAGCGAGCUUUUACUGCAGAAAGGGGUAGUCAUGUCAUGGAGGGGGCUAAAAGUGUGGCCUUGCUCCCCCAACAAUGUGGCAAAACUCUACACAGGAGUAGCAUGUGAAUAAGGACUUUGCUAUUCAUGUAUACCACGACAUAUCCUCACCCCCCCCCAAUGAACUCAGGCUAUCCCUUGCCAUUCAAAAGUUAAGGACAAAAUUUGCAAGCAGAUAUGCUCCUCAUAACUCAAACAUGCACCCAUCCAGCAUGUGACCGUUAGACAAAGACUCCUUGUGGUUACAGAUUUUUUUUUCUUGUCACACUCUUAAUUAAGCACCAGUACUAUAGCAAAAAGCAAGCAUUUUUAAACAAAUUUGCCAAACGUUUAAUGGGGAGAGAAAGAGCAAAAAAUGUGAAGAAUCUUAGUUACGGUGUGGAACAUAUCAACAUCAAUUCAUCCACAAACAAAUGACAUGCUGUUUAAGCAAAGAAGUAAAUAAAGUUCUUUGAUGCACAAGUUUAACACUAUCAAACACAGAACACAUUUGCCUCACCCUGCAUGAAUGCAAAGAAUCUUUCCUCAGAGCAAUGCAUUGUGCAGCAAGAAACUGCAGACAUGUUGCAAUCCUCUUGUCAGCGUUCCCAAACAACUCCCUCUGUUUCCCCAUUUGCACACAAGCCUACUCCCAUCAGAGCAGGGCAUACCUCUUAACCUCUGCAGCCCAAGCGUGUGGAUGAAAUUUUGGAACAGCAAUUAUUUGUUUAUUAUUUCAUGAAAUUCAUAUACCACUUGAUUGAAAAAGAAAAUACCUUAAAGCUGUUUACAAAAUAAAACAUAAAACCAUAUUUAAAGCAAUUUACUUCCAUGAUAAUGUGUGGUGAUUGCAUCUGUAUAUAUUUGGUAUGUAACUUCAAGUCAGAAUUUAAAGAGCUGCAUUGGUAUGCUCAGAAUUCAGAAGGCUGUUUUAAAAAAGAAGUCCUGCCCAAGAAUUGAUCGGGGAUGUGUGGCCUGGGCAAGUUCAAUUAUAAACUUAUAGGAGUCAGAUUUCUCAAAGCAAUACUAACCUAAUUCCUAUUGAUUUCAAUGGGACUAGAUUGUGGGCAGCCAAACUGAAGUUGCUGGACUCCCAUCAUCCCUGACCAUUUCUGGCUGGGGUUGAUGGGAAUUGGAGUCCAGAAACAUCUGGAAGUCCAGGCUCCUCAUACCUACACAAUAAACAGAUAUUCUGGCUCUAAUGUAUUCAAGUCUAAUGUAUUCUCCUGAUCCAUCCCAUUAUUUCUGGUCAACCAUACUUAAGACCUUGCAGAAAAUCACUCUUUUAUGGCACACAGAUUUGGCUGAUGUUCUCUUUGUUUCCUUUUAAACACUGAAUAGUAGUUUAUAUUAUUUUAUCGGGUAUUUAAAUUGUGGAUUUUAAUAUCUGAUUGUUGUUUUUUAUGAUGUUUUUACCAACUACUACUUCUAAAUUCCAUUGUUCUUUUCAUUAUCUUCUUUUAUUAUGAUAAAUUGUAUUACACACAGAGAGAAACACAAGCACACACAUAUUUAGUGUGUUUCUAGUGUAGGUUACCUUAGGAAAGCUUUUGAAGAGUAGCAUCUAAGAGUCUGAAUUAAAUAUGCAUAUCAU